CUCCCGGAGUCUCUCCCGUCUCCUCGGGGCUCGGAGCGGGGCCGCUGCCGGGCAACGGCGUGAGGCGGGCGGGCCUUCCGCUUCCGAGUCAGCGGGGCCGGGCCAUGGGGCGGAGGAGGAAGACGCUGCACGACUACGCGGCCGAGUUCUCGGAGCUGUCGGUGCGGCGGGAGCCGGCGGGGCCGGGCCCGGGCCCGGCGGGCGCCGUGGAGACGCUGUUGUGCACGCCGUGCCAGCUGCCGCUGAGGGUGCGCCGCGACCGCAUCCUGGAGCACCUCAGCUCGGGCCGCCACUGCCGCAACCGCCGCCUGCUCCGGCAGCUGGGACUGCGCGCCCCGGGGCUCCGCUCUGCAGAUCCCGACUCCAGCCUGAGCCUGAGCCUGCCCCUGCCACUCGACGUGCCCUCCCUGCUCUCCCAUCCUUCCUUCCUCAUCACCACUGGAUCCAGCACUGGCUACAGCAUGAUCCCCUCUCCACCAUCCUACAACAAACUUCUGCUUCCCCACCACCCCAUCGCCGCCACACACAGGGAUGACCCAACACCCUCCACCUCUACCAGCUACCCCUCACCGCUGGCCACCUCCUACACCAGGAUUGCACCUCUUGGCCAAAGUGGGCCCGCGCCUGAUGCCUCCAACAGCCUGACACCCUCCUCAUGUCACAGUUGCAGCGGUGUCGGCCUCGUGCUCUUCGGCGCAGGGCUUGUGAGCACAGCCUUGUUGCAAACCCUGCUGGAAGAAGCUGGCUGCUGCCUGCUCUACGUGGUGGAGGAUCAGCUGGAGGAGGUGGAACGAGCCUUUGGUGCCAAGGUCCUGGCUGGCACCAGGGUGCUGCGGCAGCAGGAGGCCACCAUCGCACUCAGUGAUCCACGAGUUUCUGGAGCCAUUAUUUGUUCCCCACCUGACAAAGCCCCUGAGAUGGUAAGAGAUGCCUUACGAGCAGGUAAAGGUGUGUUCUGUGAGGGGCUGCCCAGCUUGGACAGACAGACAGCAGAAGCCUGUUUUGAUGAGGCCGACAGGUGUGGGAGGCCACUCGUGUGUGGGUUCUACAAGCGCUUUGACCCAGCCCUGCAGUUCCUGUACAAGAAGGUUCGGGACAGCCGGGCCCUGGGCAGCAUCCACCGGAUAUCAACCAUCAGCAGCCUCUAUCCUGCAGCCUCUCUGAGCCUGCUGAAAGCCUCAGGUGGAAUUUUUUACAAUGCUGCUGUGCAUGACAUAGAUAUUAUCAGUUUGCUGUUGGGAGAGAGUGUGCCAGAUACAAUAUUUUCCCUGGGUCAUGCCUUCUGUGCAGACAUGGGCUGCCUGAGAGAUGUGGACACGGUCACCAUCAGCAUGAAGUUCCCCAGCGGAGCCAUUGUCACCCUGGACAUCAGCCAGCACUGCACCAGGAGCUGUGACCAGCGGCUGGAGGUUCAUGGGUCUCAAGGGACCUUAAGGGUGGACAACCAGAACCCCCUGGGCAUCACAGAGCAUGGGACUUCUGUGUCCAUCUGUCCCCAGACACAAGCUGAGCGCUACAGAGAUGCAUACAGGGAGCUCUUUAGGCACUUCCUGAGAACCCUGAAAGGCCAGGAGCCCCCCGUGGUCACCAAGGAGCAGUUCCUCUGGACCAUCCAGGUGGCUGCAGCAGCCGAGCAGUCCUGGAGGAGCAGAUCUGCUGUGGACUUGCACAGCAGUGCCACGGAUCCACCUGGGGUCAAGGCUGAGCUUGUGUGACAGCCACUCCCACCCAGUGGCUCAACAGAAGCCUGGAUGGUGGUUUUGGUGUUCCCACUGGGAAUGCCCAGCACACAGAGGCACUGCUGAACCAGAAGCACUUGGUGCUGGGGCAGGGCAGGGUUCCUACCAUGUCAGCCAGAGCCUGCAAGAAAUUCUCUGUGGUUUCAUCCAGGUGGCCACAGAGCUCUGUUUUCCUGGGAGAAGAGGGAUGCUCCUCGGGCCAGGCAGGGUGGUCUAAUACCACCAGUAGCUGGGAGCAGAGAGAAGUCUCCCCUUGGAGAGGGAACAGUUACUGUUCUCCUCUGCCUGGAGGAGCAGUCACAAGCAGGUGCCUUCCCAGCAGUGGCACAAGGGAGGUUAUUUAAUGCUCAAAAAACCACAGGAGCAUCUGUGAGUGUGUUUAGAGUGGAUAUAUGGAAUGAAUUCUUCCUUUUGAGGGUGGUGAGGGGCUGGAAUGGAUUCCCCAGAGCAGCUGUGGCUGCCCCAUCCCUGGGAGUGUUCAAGGCCAGCCUGGACAGGGCUUGGAGCACCCUGGGAUAGUGGAAGGUGUUGGGGUGGGAUGGGAUGAGCUUUAAGGUUCCUUCCAAACAAACCAGUCUGGGUUCCAUGAUCCUGUUUGGGACACAGACAGCAGAAGGCAGAGCCACAGGCCAGGCAGUGUCUGCCAGGAGCUUUGGACCUUUCUCAUGUGUGUGGAGCUUUCUGAAGAUGUGUGGCUCUGACUGUUCCUGUCUGGCUGUCACAUGCCAGUUUUCAAGAUCUUUCGAAACCUUUUUUUUGUAUUUUUAUUGAAUUACAACAACAUUCUAGACUUCUUCCAUUCCAAGGCAUUAGUUUAUAAACUUCUUGCAAGAAUCAAUUUCCAAUUCCUAUCUGUGGAAUAUAUACUCCUAAAACUAGAAUAAUGUGUUCUUUUUGGGAAAUUGUUUUUAACAGUGUCAUUUUUCAAGCUCAGAAAAACUGUGUCUUAAUGCUUGUUCUCCAUUCCAUUCACUAUUUUUUAGCCAUUUAUUAAAAAAAAGUUUUAUGUGUCCAGAAGCUGUUUUUUGCCUCUGUACUUGCUGUAGCAGAUUAGUACACAAUGGUGGGUUUCUUUUUUGUUUCAGUAGCUUUAGGUCCUUUGAGGUCCUACAGUUGAAGGUUUACUCUGGGUUAAGAGGGCACUUUCUGUCCAGUUUUAAUUUCCAAAUGCAAGAAUUCCCACAUGUGCUUUUAUUGUGUUACAAAAACAAACCAACAAAAAAACAACCCAAAACAAAACAAAGAGUAACCACAGCUAUAAAAAUAACACAUUUUCCAAAGAUAACAUUACAAAAAAUACAAUUCCUAUCACAGAGUGAUCCAUUAAUACUGCUGGGAACAGCCCCGGGAACGCUGGAAAUGUGAGUGGUUGUUGCAAAAGCUUUAAAGCAUUAAAGUGCUUUACUGAGCCAUUUCCUGGGGACACAGACCACUGUCAGCCACACCAGGGGAUUCCCAAUCCCAAAGGUUCUCAAUCCCUGUGGUGUGAGAAGUGGGAUGGUGAUUGCACCUGCAGCUCACCAGUCCCCGAGGAAGAGGAGGGACAAGAGGCAGCUGAAGGCUCAGAGCUGCUGUGGGACACCCAGACAAAGCCUUGGAAGGAGGGUCCAAGCCUCCUCCAUCCAGUGGUCACACUCCUGUCCCCUUUGGAGAGGGAGCAGCCACUGCCUGCCUGGAGGAGAAGUCACAUCUCAGGUGAGCCCUGGUGGGAUUUCAGCACUUCUGCUCUUGCUUAGAGGGUGCAGGGCUUUGGGAAGGGUAUCCAGCCCCUUUCCCAGCCUGGGGGUGGUGGGAAGCAGGUGCAGGGCUGCCUUUGGAGGCCUCCAGAGGGAGAGUGCAGCAGUGGGAAUGGGCUGGGCAGCAUCAUCUCUGUGCAGGUUCCCUCAGGCUGCCCAACAUCUCCAGUGACCCAGGGCUCAGGGGGCAAUGCAGCUCCCUGCCCUCCCUCCCUCAGCAACAGCUCCUGAGACUUCCAGUGCCUUUCCAAGACUUGCUGUGGGACGUUGCCUUCCCAAAAGUGUAGGGAAUAAACAUUCAGGGAGGGAACACACCUAUUUGUGUGCUUGCUUUCUGUGAAGGCUUUUUUCCCCAGUCUGAAUCAACAGAGAAAUUGCAGCUGGGGAAAAUGACGAGGAACAGAAGAGGAUUGAGCAGCCAGUCCAUGCUGUGCUCCAAAAAGAUGGAAUUUACACCAUGACAUUCCAGCUUGUCAGGUCUGACCUGUCAACAAAACUCCCCAAGGGAGCAGGGAGGGAUUAUCCAGACCUCUGACUUCCCAGGACAAUCAGUGGCUUUCCCCCUCCUCCACAACUGCAUGCAAGAGAUUCAGAGGAGGGAAUAAACUGAGAUUUGAACAGAUAAGGCUGGAGACAGGAUUGUCUGCAUGUUUACAUGCUACAACAUGGAAUUAAUUUACUUGACACUGCAGUGUCUCAGGAGUCAGUAUCAAUUUUUAUAGCUUACAUGAAAAUAAAUCUCUCUCCUUACAGCACAA